CCGCAACACCACUUUACCUUCUAUUCAGUCUUUUCUCGAGAAGAACAUAGAAUAAUCAUACCUUCAUAAUAUCCCACCACAGUACCGACGUAUAGUGGCCAUGCCGACUUGGCCAUAAGUGACGGCGUCCACGAUCACUAAAUUCCACCGCAGACAGCUAACCAAGCAACCUUCGCUCACAUCCAACCUGGCUCUCAUAACCACCUGAAACACACAAGACAAUGGCAUCCCCAAUCCAAUCGCAAACCGUCGCCCCAUCCACCCAACCCCUCACACCCCCCGCCGAACCCUCCAACACCACCACCAAUGCCUCCUCCCAACAACAGCCCGCAGCCGGAUCCACCACCACCACCACCGCACCAGUCGCACAACCCACACAAGUCCCCUCCACCUCCCUAAAAGACAGCGGCAAGUCCCGCCGCCCCCGAGAUGUCCGUCUCAUCCACAUGCUCCUCUCCUCCUUAGGCGUCACUGCGUACCAGGAACGAGUGCCCCUUCAGCUCCUCGACUUCGCCUACCGCUACACCUCCGGCGUCCUGCAGGACGCGGUCCAUCUCGCGACGGAGGGCUACGCCGGCGCUGCGGGCGAGCAGGCCGGCUCGUCGAGGGGUCCGCCGGAGGUGAAUACCGUCAGCUUGCCGGCGUUGCGGCUUAGUAUUGCCUCGCGGCUGCAUUAUCAGUUUCAGACGGGGUUGCCGAAGGAGUUUCUGAUGGAUGUUGCGGCGGAGAGGAAUCGCGUUGCCCUGCCGGGUGCUACGAGGGGGUUUGAUCAGGGCCAGGCGAAGCCGGCGGCGAAUCAGAGUGUCCUUAUGGGGGGUAUGAGAUUACCGCCGGAGAGGUUCUGUUUGACGGGUGUUGGGUGGAACAUGAAGGAUGAGUGGGAGAGUGAAGGGGAGGAAGAGGUAGAGGAAGAGGAGGAGGAGGAGGAGGAGCCGAAGGAGAGUAAUCCUGCUGGUGCGGGUGGUGAGGAGGAGGAGGGAGAUGGAGGUGAGGAUGAUGAAGAUGGGAAAAUGGAGGAUAUCUUCGGGGAGGAUGCUGUUAUGGGGGAUGGAGAUGAUGAUGGAGACAAAGACAUGACGGAUGUCUAAAUCGGUUCUUUCUUCCUCUUCUUGCUCUCGAAAAAAAGAAAAAUAUAUGGAUGGGCCUGGCGAUUGGGAGUUCGGCGCUCGGUGAAACUUAUAUACUGUUUAUACUAUCAGCCAGACAACCGAUCUGAUGGAGGAGAUUUGCUUUCAUUGAGUCUGUAGGAUAUCAACAGACUUGAUCUACUGUACAUAAUGAUAUACGACUUGGCAAUCCUAAUGCAACAGAAACUGGCAAAAAA